GCAGUCUUCUUGCUCAACCGUUGGGUGCACAGGAUGGAAACAGCGCUCGCCUAUUUGGAAGACAGUGCGUGGCUUGGCCGCAUAGAGUCGUUGCUGGAGACUGAGCCGGCAGGUGGUUUCUCAGGCUUUCUCUAGCUGGUCUGUAUUGGAGGAAGGAGGGCACUCCAUGCCUGACAGGCCCAAGAAGAUGGAAAGACAAGCGGGAGGCGGGAUCCUCAGUCGCUUCCGCAAACGAUUGCCUCUACACCGAGCAGGACCUCCCCAGGACAAUCUGGGAGAAGUGGUGAAGGAACCAGAAAGAGCCUUGGAGCACUAUCUACCCAACUUUGCUGGAGGCCAGCACUUCUUUGAAUACCUCCUCGUGGUUUCUCUCAAAAAAAAGCACUCAGGGGAAGAUUAUGAGCCCACAAUCAUCUACCAGUUUCCCAAGCGAGAGAACUUGCUUCGGGGUCAACAAGAGGAGGAGGAGCGGCUGCUUGGAGCCAUCCCCUUGUUCUGCUUCCCAGAUGGGAAUGAGCGGGCCCCACUCACUGAGUGUCCCAGGGAGACCUUCUCGUUCGUUCUGACCAAUGUGGACGGGAGCAGGAAGAUUGGAUACUGCAGGCGCCUCUUGCCCGCCGGCCGUGGUCCUCGCCUCCCCAGGGUGUACUGCAUCAUCAGCUGCAUUGGUUGCUUCGGCUUGUUCUCCAAGAUCCUGGAUGAAGUGGAAAAGAGACAUCAGAUCUCCAUGGCCAUCAUCUACCCAUUCAUGCAGGGCCUCCGAGAGGCAACCUUCCCCGCUCCUGGGAAGACUGUCACCCUCAAGAGCUUCAUCCCUGACUCAGGCACUGAGUUCAUUUCCCUGACGCGUCCCUUGGAUUCCCACUUAGAGCACGUGGAUUUUAGGUCUCUCAUGCGUUGCCUCAGUUUUGAGCAGAUCCUUCAGAUCUUUGCCUCUGCAGUGCUGGAAAGAAGAAUCAUCUUCUUGGCAGAAGGUCUCAGCACCCUGUCUCAGUGCAUCCACGCUACUGCCGCGCUGCUCUACCCCUUCAGCUGGGCCCACACCUACAUCCCCGUGGUCCCCGAGAGCCUGCUGGGAACUGUCUGCUGCCCUACUCCCUUCAUGGUUGGAGUCCAAAUGCGCUUCCGGCAGGAGGUUUUGGACAGCCCCAUGGAAGAGGUCCUGCUGGUGAAUCUUUGUGAAGGAACCUUCCUAAUGUCAGUUGGUGAUGAAAAAAACAUCCUACCACCCAAGCUUCAGGAUGACAUCUUAGAAUCUCUUGGUCAGGGCAUCAAGGAGUCACGGACUUCUGAGCAAAUCAAUGAGCACGUUUCAAGGCCUUUUGUGCAGUUCUUUGUCAAGACUGUGGGCCACUAUGCUUCCUACAUCAAGCGGGAAGCGAAUGGGCAAGGCCGCUUCCAAGAACGGGCCUUCUAUAAGGCUCUGACCUCCAAGGCCAACCGCCGGUUUGUGAAGAAAUUUGUGAAGACCCAGCUCUUCUCCCUUUUCAUCCAGGAAGCCGAAAAGAGCAAGAACCCUCCUGCAGAUUAUUUCCAAAAGAAAAUACUUGAAUAUGAGGAACAGAAGAAACAGAAGAGACCAAAGGAAAAGACUGUGAAGUAAGAGCCGUGUUGAACAGGAGUGACUAGACCUAUAGGCCAGUAGUGGACUUUGACCCCUGCCAGCACGGUAGGAUGUGAAGCUCUCAGUCAAUAGAAUCCACAGCCUUCUUCCGAGUCCUGGUAACCAGGUCUUGCCUCAAGUUGGUGUCUGGAGUUUGGGAUUCCUGAAAUCAGCUUUCUCGAGACUUUGGAAGGCUCUGACCUCUGUGCCCACAGAGCUGGGCACAUAGCUGCCUUUUCUGCAGAGGUGACACAGGGCAAGAGACAGUAGUAGAGGUGGUGUAGAGCCCCAGAAGUUUCUGGAACUGCCUUCUCCCAGGAAGCACUAUUACAAAAUCCUCCACAGAGAAACAAGCUGUCACCCAAAUGCUCAGUUUCUUCACACAUAAACAGAGGUCUGUGGACAUGUGAGGAUAAGAAUAAAGAUGAAAAUCUUCUUGCUCUUUAUACGUGUAUCUCUGGCUUCCACUAUGGAGAGAUAACCAAUAAAACAAGGCAAGAGAUGUGAGAAUAAACUGGACUAGAUGUGGAGGAUCUGGCAACAGUGCCCAGAACUCUGGUGCUAUGUCUGAAGCAGCAGAAUAAUGGGCAUCAGGAGAGCCUUCUACUAGGAAAGGUGAGGGAUACUGGUAAAAGCAGCAGCAGUAGAGGAUACAGCAGCGGUUGUUGGUCCAAGUUAGGUGUGCUUUCCAGAAUCCUGGGACGAAAGGCUGCUGGCCUUUCAUGAAAUAUUUGAAGUUGAGAGUAACUUGACAGUAGGAAUCUCAGCUGAAGAAGCCAGUGAAGAACACUACAUUGUUUCCAUCAAUAGGUCUGUCUGCCCAUCACUUCCAGUUUGGAACUUUCCGUUUUAGACAUCCUACUUCCAACUUCAUUAUUGUGAGAAGCCAGUUCAACUCUUUGGCUAAGGGCAGAGGGAUCUCCUCAUUGACAUUUUUUCUCUCGGAAGAAAAGAGAAUCAUCAUCUUAAAAGUCCAAAGUUUAGUAGUCACUUGGUCCCUCUUUCCUCUGAAUCUCUACUGACAGCUUCUGUUUAAAUACUGUAAGGGAUGGGAAACUUUUAGGAAGCAUCCUGUUUUUCAAAAAUUCCAUCUUUUUAAUGUGUGUAUGUGCAUGUGGCCCUCAGAGGCCCCUGGAUUCUGUACAGAGAACACAAAUGUUGUUGCAGGAUGGAAUAGGAGACUGGGGCUACUGAACUGAAGUCAAUAUAAUUUCAUUUCAGGGGCACAGACACCUCCUGCAGGUGGCACAUGUCCUACUGUGUACAUACCACCCCAAACUAGGCUGCUAGUCUUCACAGCUUCCAAGAGUCAGUGCACUUUUUUAGGUAGUUCCUAAUCCUAGUUGUACCUCAGGACUGGAAUCCUGGGGAGCUUAUGAAAAUAUGAGGCUCCAUCUUUAACCUUCCAAAUCAUCAUGAAAGAUAGGACAUGGGAACCCAUAUUUUUAAAAUUUCUUCAGCUGAUUCUGACACCUAAACAGGUAUAUAAUAUGCUCACAAGAAUCAGGACCAACUGAGGUUUACUAUAAACAUAACUUGAUCUCAUGUUGAUGGUUAUCUAGAGCUGAAGAAAGCACACACCAAAUACCUAGAUGUCUUCCAGAUUUCCAUUAUGCUGAAAAAGAUUCUAGCACCUCAGUCUGUAGCUUCAACUCACUAAAACCUAGUAUAGUGUAGAAGAUAAUGCUGGACCAGGAUUCAGAAGAUAUGGAUUCUAGUCUCCAUUUGGAAAAGGAACAACUGUUGUGACACUGGUAUACCAUUUAGCUUCUCCAAACCUCAGUUUCCACUGUAGGCAAUUAACAUCUGCUGUGUCUAUCUCAUAAGACGAUGAUGUAAAUCUGCCAAAGUUAAUUAUCCUUCCUUCUUUUUUCCUUUGUCCUACCUUGUGACAUUUGAUCUGCCCUAGCAUUUUCUUGUAUGAACUUCUCUACCCCAGAUGCUGGAGAAGUUGCUAGCAAGCAAAGAUAGUGAAAACUUCCUUUUCCAGCUACAUUCUAGCAAAGAAAUGAAAGGUUUCACUACCACUGCUAAUCAAGAUUACACGGAAUUGAUGGAAUCACUAGAAGUGCAAGGAAGAGUUCUGGUUGCCAGGCAAAGCAGCGCAGCUAUUGUGUAUCCAUGAUUAUGGAAACAGGGUAUAAAUAAUAAUCAAUAAGA